UUUCGGUGCGUGCUAUGUGUUUUUCGGCUACCGCUUAGAAGUUGUGUAUUUUUAAUAAUUUAAAAUCUUACGCUCGUGUCAAUAGUCUACGCUCAGUAGCAGCACACAUACACACGGUUAAGAUAUUAAUUAAGUGUCAAAUUGUCGUUAAAAAUAAUCAAAAAAAAAUAGCUUUUGACGGUGAGAGAAAACGCCGCCUUCAAAAACGCAAUUAACCGUUAUAGUUAUUUACACAUUACAUAUUUACAUACAUACAUAUGUACGCGUAUACACGUACAUAGAUGCAUGAGUGUAAACGCAUUAUAUUUUGUAUGCCGCCUUUUCAAUAACAAUUGCUUAUGAUUAUUUGUGUACCAAUCAAACGGUGCAUUGUGUUUUGGUGUCAGUCUAAGCCUUUCCGAUGGCUGCAUUUUAAGAAAAUGGAAACAUUUGGCGGCCUUUGGGUCAACGAGCAGCUGCAACAAAAACCACUACUACAACAAAACGACGGCAGCUAGAAGAUACCGUGUGUGUGUGUGAGUGAGCGCGCAACAAGAACAACAGCAAAUAUCAACAACAAAUAACAGACGUAAUUGGCCUCGACAACAGACACAGCCACAUUCACAGUCGCAGCCAUAGCCAUGGUGAUAAGCAAACCCGAUUCGACGCCCAAUGGGACGGCGGCGGGCACUGGUGAUGCGGCCGCGGCUGGUCUGGAUGCUGCUGCGAACAGCAUGGCGCAUCGGUCGGGCAUACCACAGGAUCAAAUAGACAAUAUUAUGAGCGGCAUUGCCCAUACGGGGAACGUCAAAAUGAACAAUCAUCGCAAAAAGCUGCGACAAAGAUUUGAUAUUAUUAAGAAAUUAGGUCAAGGAACUUACGGCAAAGUGCAGCUUGGUAUUAAUAAGGAAACGGGCCAGGAGGUGGCAAUUAAAACGAUAAAGAAAUGCAAAAUUGAAGCGGAGGCGGACCUGGUGCGCAUCCGACGAGAGGUGCAAAUCAUGAGCUCAGUGCAGCAUCCCAACAUAAUACACAUAUACGAAGUAUUUGAGAACCGCGAGAAAAUGGUGCUAGUCAUGGAGUUUGCCGCUGGCGGCGAGCUAUACGACUACCUGUCCGAACGUAAGGUGCUAAGCGAGGAGGAGGCGCGUCGCAUCUUCCGCCAGGUGGCUACGGCCGUCUACUAUUGUCACAAACACAAAAUUUGCCAUCGUGAUUUGAAGCUGGAAAAUAUAUUGCUCGAUGAGCAGGGCAAUGCAAAGAUUGCAGACUUUGGCCUGUCUAAUGUAUUCGACGAUCAGCGCCUGCUCGGCACCUUCUGCGGAUCGCCGUUGUAUGCCUCGCCAGAGAUCGUGGAGGGCACACCGUAUCAGGGACCCGAGGUGGACUGCUGGUCCUUGGGCGUUCUGCUCUAUACUCUAGUCUACGGCUCCAUGCCGUUUGAUGGCUCAAAUUUUAAGAAACUUGUCAAACAGAUCAGCCAGGGCGACUACUACGAGCCGCGGCAGCCUGUGCGUGCGUCGACACUCAUUCGGGAUAUGCUGACGGUUAGUCCACAGAAGCGAGCCACUAUCGAGCAGAUUUGUUCGCAUUGGUGGGUGAACGAGAACGACAAUGUCUCGUGUCUUGAUUUGGCCGAGGAUUUGGCGAAUCAAACGCCGGUGCGUCUCGACGUGCUCCUAUCCCUGACACCGGCUGCGAUCACAGCCGAUCAACUGGUUGUGCCAUCGGCAGAGAGCUCGGCGGCCGCAGCAGCCGCCGCCAAGGCAGCUGCCAAUGAACGCGUUCAGCGCUCGCAUUCAGUGGGCUCAAUACGUGACAUAGGAGCGCCCAGCACAGAGGCAGAGCGUCGCAUUCUGGACAUGGUUGCUGCUGGUGGCGAGGCUGCACUUAUGCCAUCUCCUACGCGCACCAUAACACCCGCCCAGAGCCCCGUGCAGGCCAAGCGUAAGCUGCAGCCCACGGUAUCUACCGAGAACGCCGCUGGCAUCACGGCCAAAAAGAAGGAGAAGCCGGCCAACAGUUCGUUUGUCAUCAGCGAAGCAACAGUGCCAUCACUCGCACCACCAACACUCACAGCACCACUGACGGCGCCCCAGGCCAUGGAGACUGAGAGCGUUGCCCCUGCCGACGAGCAGCCAACGUCCACAACGGCGCCCAAUUACUCCCCACAGGAUAUGCAAAAAGUUGGCAAUCUAUGCGAGCAACUCAUUGGUGAACCAGUUGCACCACCCGCCAAUGCAGUGCCGCGGCAGCCAACACGUGCCAAACUGGAUGCUGUCGUCGAAGCACCCGAGGAAAAGGAUGCCACCAAAGUGAUUAAGAAAUUUGUGAACAAGCACAAGACCGCCGACCUGGUGAAUGCGAUCAAUGAGAGCGCAACCGGCAAGGCCACGCCCAGCGGCAAUGUGGUUUCGCAUCCGCUACCAUCGGCACCAUUUGUACGCAAGUGUAGCUUGCAGGAUGAGUCCACACUCAACAAGUUCAAUGCAGAGCGCCGGAAGUCGCGCAUUCUAGAAACAGCUGAAAAGUUUCAACCACCGCCGCCGUCGACAGCUCUAGCGCCGGAAAAGCCUAAAAAGCUGAGUAUUCCCGGCGUUAGCGUGGGCAGCUUUAAAAAGGAAUUCGAACGCAAAGCCACAAAUCCGACACCUGUGACCGGGCCCACCCCAGGCGAGCGUCGCGCUCAAGAGCAGGUGGCAGCCGCAGCAGCCGCGGCCCAAGAGGCGGAAGCGCAGGAAGCCUUAGGCACUCCACCAGCUUCGCCAGCGGUUACUGGUGCUUUAGAGGCAAGCGAUUCCAAGAACUCGGUGGCCUCAAUAUCGCUAGAAGAGGCGCGUCGCUCCAUGGAAAACUCGAUUGCGCUGCUGCGACAGGCGCAGAACGAGUCCAACAAGGAACUGGAUCAGCUCUGCGCCCAAACAGAGACAAUCGGCGUCAGCGAGCCAACGGCAGAUGAGCGCGAACGUAAGUUGAAGAAUGCGCGCGCCAUAAUCGGAAACGCCAUACAGCCGGUGAUACGCAGGCCAACACCAUUGUUUGGCAUGGGCAAUGGCUUCGGCAGCGGCGGUGUUGGGGGCGGUGCCGUGCCACCGAUGCGCACUGAAAGUGGCAUCAAUUUCAUAGGCAAUGCCAGCAGUAACAGCAGCAGCAGCAGCAGUUCAGCCAUCGCGUCCAUGAACGCCUUGGCAGCUGCUAAGCAAACAUUACAGCAACGUCUGUUUUCUGGCGGUGUGCCUGGACCGACGCCGAUGCCACAACGAGCGGUCAUUUGGCAGCCACAGACUGCGUAUAGCACGGCGAGCAUAUUCCAGCCGUUGGCCACAAGCAGUCCCUUCCGGCAAAUGCAGCAGCAGUACCAACAGAAGUGCCAGGAGGCUGUGCAACAGCAGCAGCAACUACGAUCGGCAAGCAGCACUUUGUUUACGCCACCGCCCUCGCCGCUGUACGCCCCCAGCCAUGGCCACGUGCAAGCCGGCAGCAACAUCAACAACAACAGCAACAACCCGGCGCCAAUUAUCAAUUACAAUGUCAGCUCGCGUACGAGACCAUUUCAUAAUCAAGCUCAAGACACUCUCAAUACAUCUGCCUUGCCUGCGGCUGUGUGGCUGAAAUCUUCACCUGGCGGAGAUGCGUCAGUGGGUGGCGCCGUAAAAACAUCGACCGCCUCCAUUACGCUCAAAUCGGCGACGUUGCCGCGCCGCAAAAUCAAUGCCAAAUCAGAGGUGCAGCUGGAGAUUAAGCCGCGCGUUCCAGAGCAGCCGCAGCCGGCGAUGCGCUUCAGCACCGAGAUGCAACAUCCAGUUGCCGACUUGCGCAGUGCGCCACCACGUGAGGGCCCCAUACCGUAUAGCCCCAUUAAGACCUCACUGCAGGCGCGCGCCACAAGCCUGGAGCCCAAGGAGCACAUCAUAACCAUACAGCGGCCACCCACACAACAAGUUUAUGGACGCACCAACUCCAACACCACAACACGCUCUGGUUCAUUGUCCCGUCAAUCCACUGCUGAAUCCGAGGCAGAAUCAACUGCCACCGCCACCAUGUCUCAGUCAACUGUUACUGGCGGACCGGGCAUCUCGCAGCCUAUUAAGAAGAGUCCACGCGAGUUCAUUAUACCCAUUGCUGUGGAGGGCGGUGGCUUUAUCACGCCACGUGAGCGCAGCAUUGAGCCAUCUGAGUCCGGUCACACAACCGCCUCCAGUCGCUCAACAUUCAGCCGACUGCGCCCAGCACAUCGGAUUGGAUCACUUCUCAGCGAAACCGGGUUUGAUGAGAGUUCGCCAUUCCAGAAGAUGCGCACAACCUCUAUUACUCGUGAUGGCGCUGACGAGGAUUCGCUCUUUACUCCGCACAGAUUAAGGAGCUCGAGGCCUGUCAAGAAAAUUAGCCAGGACAACGAUUCACAAAGUUCUGGCGAGGAGGAUGACGAAGAUGGCUUUGAGAUACUUACCGCGGAGAACCUAUUCUCGACUUUGCUGCAACGCGUGCGUGCGCUAACGAAUCGCAUGAACGUAAACAGUGACCUGACAGCCCGUUUUCCCAGUCAUUCUAGUCGCCUGCUAACAGACAUUUCGCGGCAGGCACAGGGCCAUAGGCCAUUCUGGAGCCAGAGCGGACCCUUCGGCAGUCGUCUGAACAGCGCCACCAACAGCAGCGGCCUGGGUGCUCCCUGGCGGCACAGCAUGUCUCGGGACUUGGGCAGCGAUAUGGAAUCGAUGUUCUCUCGCACGGGCGCCACGCUGCCAAGAGGGCAUCACUCCAAGAGCAGUUCCAGCAAGCCCAAAACAGCGCCAGGAAGUGCGGAAAAUGGAAAGGAGACUUUGAGUACAACGACUGCGGAUGCCAGUGGCGAGGAGCCACUGGAUCUGGCCGAUUUGGAUCUAUCGCGCUUGCGAUUGAGCAAAAAAGAUCUCGAAACACUGUCGAGCAUUACGCCAGGCUUGCCCAAGUGCUUCCAGGAGCAGUUGCUGGCCAAGCUACCGCCAACGCAGGCCCGCAAACUGUCUCGCACUCUGAGCGUUCAGAGCAGUGCUGCAACCACUCCAGCUAUCAAGGUGUACAAACGAAGCCAGAGCAGUGGCCGUGGCUAUCUACCGGAACAGCCCGAGGAGAAUAGCAUGAGCAAACCAUUAACGGAUGCACCGAAGACCACGUCGGCCAGCACAGCCAUCUAUCGGCGCAGCCUAAGUCGCGCGCCCAGCCAGGGACCCACCCAAGAUACGACUACAGCUGCGGUGGCCACCAAGAGUCGCAGCAGCAGCGUCUGUCGAGAUGACUAUGGCAAGUCCUCGCUCUGCAGCAGCAGCUACACCAGCGACAUCAAUGACAAGUAUAAGUACUACUCGCCAUAUCUAAGCAAGUCCAGCAAUACGUCAGCGUUGACCAAGGAGGUACCGGAAAAGCGUUAUAGCGCUGCUGUGGGGCGUCCACCAAGCGGCUACCUGUCGCCACCGCCACAAACUCCGAGUGUGGCCGUGGCCGUGACUGACGGCAGCAGCUCCUUGCGUAGACGCUCCUCGCAGCGCCGAAUCUCACGCUUUCUGCGGCCCGACUUCUUCGACGAGCCACGCGAGCGCGACUCUCAAAGUGUGCUCCGUGAGAUACGGGAAAAGUCUAGUGACCGCUUAGAAGCAGCGUCGGAUCUGCGCCAUCGCAAGCACAGCUUACCCAAUGUGGAGUCCGAAAUAGAGCCAAGUCCAACAAAACAGCACGCGCGCAAUAAGAGCAUGGAACAGUUUUCUGACUCCGUAGCGGAGCCACAGCACAUCGCACAGCAAACUGAGAAGAGACGAAGCCAAUCACGCUCACGUGAAAUAGAAACAGAACUCGAUAAACAUGACCUGGCCAACAAAAUACUGCAGGAGCUUCAGCUACUGUCCGCAGUGCGAACUCAAAAGGAGACCGAUCAGCGUUCGACCGCCGAGCAAGCAGCCGUCGAGGCACCUAGAGGUAACCGAACCGAAGAAACUUCCACCAUCAAGAAGUUAAAGAAAAUCAAAUCGAAAGAGAAGAGCAUUGAGCUAAGCAAUGAAUCCGAGGCUGGCAAAUCAAUCACAACAACAACUGCGACAACAAACCAGCUGGUGAGAAAAGUCAAGAAGGUAAUCAAGAAGCCGACGGAAGAAUCUGCGGCAACGCAGCCACUGCUCAGUGUGGAAGCACAGCUCAACGAGCAGCCCGCGCCAAUGGACACCAAAUUAAAGCGACCUAAAUCGUAUCCCAUGAAGGACCUGGCUCUAAGUCUCAAAGGUAACACCGAUUUGCCAUUGCCCCAGACGACAGCUGCAGCGCUGCAAAGUAAACUGCCCAGUAAAAUAGUCACGGCAACAGCGGAUGCGUCGGUUGAUGCAGCACCCAGAGAAAGUCGACUGAUGCGACCCAAGAGCUACCCAGCCACAAAGUUGGCUAUGCCCAAAGAUAUCAGAAAGGUGACGCGCAGCGGCGCGGCAAUACCUAGUAUAGCCGAGACUCCGUCAGCAACGACCACAGCAUCGAGUUCAAAGUCAACGUCGGAAGAGAAGUCGCUAUCAAACACGGGCUUAAUGAGCACAAUGACUGAAAAAGACACUGGAUCCUCAUCGACGGAACCACGUCCGACGACUCUUAAGAAAAUUGUAAAAGUUUCCAAGAAAUCUAAGCUGGUGCCACCGACCCCAGUGACUCCAUCUACACCCACAACCACAACAACAACGACUCCAGCGAACAGCUCCAAGGAGUCCAGUCCGGUUAUUAAGUCCAAGGAGAAGUCGCCUGAAAAGAAACCCAGCAAGGGACUGCUCUAUGCCAUAGGACAGAAGUUUGAGAAACUCCGGGACUCUGCCAUGAGCAAAGAAAAGAAAGGAAGCGUGUCCAGCACAGCUCUGAAUUGUGCACAGAAACAAGGCUGGUCAGAAGAGCGCAGCUCUCCAGAAAAGUCUUCGUCUACGAUACAGCGAAAGAAGAAAUCAAAUGAUGCGGAUAAGUCACAGGAAGCAGCUACAGACGACAAGAAGGUCGAUAAGAGAUCCCGCUUCGAUACCAUGCUCCGCUCGUUACGAGAACGUUCUGUUCCGCGCACGCAGCCCGCAAGCAGUGCCAGUCCCAAGCGAUCCGCCAGCGUAGAAGAGCUGCAUGCUGACAGCAACAGCAGUGGAAAGCAGAGCGGAACAGUUAACAAAAUGUUGGGUGGACUUUUGCGACGCUUCGAUCGCGACAGCAGCGAGCAACGACGCGUCCGGAGUACGCGUUCGUCCAGCAACAUUGAACGGCAGGUUCGCGAGGAACAGGACAUAUCCCUGCCGACGUCCCCCAUCUACCAGAAUGUGACCAAAACCAAAAACCCGGUUGUUGAGGAGAAUUGCAACUGCGAGACAAUAUGCCCAGACUGCAUACAGAACCAGGGUGCAGCCAUCGGCAGCACAGAGGCGCCAGCAGCUGUAACAGCGACAACGACGCUGACUGGCAGCAAUACUCAAAGCAACAAGGAGAAGCGAAAAGGUCUAAUGCUGGAUUUGAGCAAUGCGACGAGUGGCAGUACUUCGGGGCCGACUACAAGCACUGCAACAACCACAACUAAUACCAGUGGUAGCUAUCGUGGCGCUAAGACGAAUCCGGCGCUGAUCAAUGGCAACGGUCUCUACUCCAAUUUGCCGCCGUAUCCGGGUGCCAUGAAGAGCGCCUCCUCCAACAACAGCUCGAGUCAGCAAUCAAUGGAUAAUGCCACCAACAACAACUCGGUCAACACCAAUAACAACUGCAGCUCGCAGACGUCGGGCUAUCGCACCUCCUCCGCGCAUGAGAUCAAUCGGAAUAACCUGUUGACGCCCUCGUUCGAGAAUAUUGCCAACUACUCGUCGGACUCGAGAAGCUAUCAGGAUGACUGUGCCUCGACUUCCACGUUCAUGUCGCCCACCGAGGAGCCAGAAUUGUACUUUGACAACUGGUCCAUUUGCUCCGAGGACAAUUACAUGCUGCAUGCAACACCGUCACCGACUGUGUCCCGUCUCUCUCGCACCUCGCAGCUGUCAUCGCCCACACGCUGCUCGGAGAGCUCCGAUCCAAAUGAGAGUGUAAUUGAUCGCAUUAAGCGUCGCAGCUUCUACAGUCGCUUCAAUGAACAGAAGCCGCGGCGCACCAGCAGCAUUGUUGGUCCUUCGGCGGUUCGAGACUAUUAUCGAGAGCAACAAGCAGCAGUGAAAGCGCGCUCCAGCCAAAAGCUGCAUGCGCCAGAGGUGGAGACGCGCGCUCAUUCCCCGGACAUUACUCAACAGUUUUUCAGGCCAUUGAAGCUGAGUCCUGUGGGCACUGAGCUCAAGCCGCCAGUCUAUCGCUCUCCGCUGGACUAUUCAACAUCUGCAUCGGCGGGUGCAACAAGCAAGCCUCGCAAGAGUCUUAACGACAUUCGCAACACAUCGCCAUCGUUCCUAAGCAAACGCUAUGAGUCGCACGACUACAGCUCCGUGCCCAUGCGCUACAAGAGCUCCUCCAGCUCUAGCCCCAGCAAUACCGCCGUUGGCGGCAUUAAUGGCUACUACAACACAUACAAUCCCAAGCGUCGCUCCUCGUACACGCUGAACGGCACCCUGCCCUCUGGCACCAGCAGCAGCGCAGGCGCCAGCAGUCAUUUGGAUGGCUAUGCUACGCUGGGACGUCGCUCGAUACGACCCUAUGACCAUCGUACCAUGUCGCUACUGGAACCAGCAACAAGCGGCAGCAGUGCAGCUGGCACUUAUCACAGGCGAGAAGCCCGCACUCCAGUUCGGGACUACACAUCUAGCAUUUCGCGUUCUGGAUCGCGUUACCGUACCUCGUCGGCUACGCGCAGCCCUACAAACAUUUGAUGUUCCACACCGCAGAAUGGCUUCUGCAUCUUCUGCUACUACUCAAAACGGAAAAAGGCAGCUCAUGGCACAGCCAUGGCUACGCCGCCCAAUACAACUGCCUCCUCGUCAGCCUCGGCCUCAUCCUCGCGCGCCAGCAGUGGCGGCAUCAAGAAGUUAAUGCAAUCCGCACAAGCCCAUCAUAACCAGCAUAGGUUCUAGGAAAUCGAUCAAUUGAUGCUGCCUCGACAUCCCGACAACUUAGAUAUGAGAAAUUCGGAAUGCACCAAUUUAGGCAUAACUAAUUUUUGAUAUGUUUUAUAUAGCCAAAGUUAAAAUCUAGUGCAGGUUGCCUCGAGCUCUGCUUGUAGUUGUCCCAUUAACUAGUCAGAUAUACAUAGUAACGUUUCAGCUAACAACUAGACAUUAAAAGAAACCGUAGCAGCAUGAGACAAAAUGUUAUCCCACGGUGUUUUUAUGCCCAAUCAUACACAUAGUUGUCGCAUAGGAUUCUUCAAUAAUUGUGCCUUGGUUCCUUCGACGUUUUUAGAUUUAGCCCUAGACAUAAAGAUGAUUUAAUUUGUAAGCAGGUAAAGCUACGGGGGAGGGACAGUUGAGAAAUGUUAAUUUUUUAACGAAUAUUUUAGAAAUAUUUUAUAUGAUAUUAUUAAGAGCCCCGCGCCGAAAAAUGCGUUAAAAUUUUGUCAAUAAUUUUAACUAAAAUUUUUUGCAAAACAGUACUGAACGAUGAUUUGAGAAUUGGAAAGUUUGCGAUGGUAUUGAAACUAUAUUGGAGCCAUCUUUCGUUAACUAGAACUAUUGAUGUUAUUGCAAAAUAAUAGAAGAUACGUGUAGACUUAACGAGAGCAA